AUGGAGGAGUACGGAGGGGGAGGGGGAGACCUCCUGAGCGAGGCGAUGGGAUCUGCGGCGCGGGUGGUGGUGGUAGAGGAUUGCGUGGAGGCACCCGGGGCCUUCGUCCUCCACCUCCUCCUCAAGCGUGCGCUCGCCAGCGGCGGCGCGGCUGCCUUCCUCGCCCUCGCGCAGCCCUUCUCCUAUUACGACCGUGUCCUGCGCAAGAUGGGUUGUAACCUUUCCCUGCAUAGGAGGAACGAGAGGCUUCAUUUCUUUGAAUUGCUAGGAUUCCCAGGCAAGGCAUCAUUUUAUUACCGUAAUUGCUCGCUAGUGGUCCUCAUCCACGAGGAUAUAUAUGCAGACGAGGAGAACAUGGGUCUCCUUUUACAUCUGCGCUACAUUGCUGAUCUUGUGAUUAAAGCAGCACCUUUGAGCACUGGUUUGGCUGCUGAUGUUCAUGGACAGCUGUCGGUGGUGAACAAGGGUACAUUCAGCGAGCAAAGGGCAAAAGCACAGAAAGUUUGGAACUUCCAUUUCAAAGGGAAGGAAAACGGUGCUGACUUCUUCUAUCCAGGGACUAGACAUUAG